UCUCUCCUCGGGGAUGCCGGGAUGUUUACACUGCUGACAGCGGCAGCAGGGGCAGGACGAGGGAGAUGGGCCGCCGCUAGUCUCGCCCUCGGGAAGCUUCUCUCGGUGCGCCGGACGGGUGCCCCAGCCUGCAGCGUCCGGAAGGGGCCGGCGGGGAGUGAGGAGGCCGAUCGGCUCCAGACCUCGAAGCCACAGCCCCCGGCCCCAGCGGGCCUUUCUCGGGCCGCACCCCGCAGAGCCCCUGCCAGCCACCGGUGUCGGGUCCCACACGGGUGGGAGGAGGGAAAACUCAACUUCCUGAAGGCCUUACGGCCUGAUAUGGGCUAUAAUACAUUAGCCAACUUUCGAAUAGAAAAGAAAAUUGGCCGUGGACAGUUCAGUGAAGUUUACAGAGCAGCCUGUCUCUUGGAUGCAGUACCAGUGGCUUUAAAAAAGGUGCAGAUAUUUGAUUUAAUGGAUGCCAAGGCUCGUGCUGACUGCAUCAAAGAAAUAGAUCUCCUUAAACAACUGAACCAUCCAAAUGUAAUUAAAUAUUAUGCUUCAUUCAUUGAAGACAAUGAACUAAACAUAGUUCUGGAGUUAGCAGAUGCUGGCGAUCUCUCUAGAAUGAUAAAGCAUUUUAAGAAACAAAAAAGAUUGAUUCCUGAAAGGACAGUUUGGAAGUACUUUGUUCAGCUCUGCAGUGCAUUGGAACAUAUGCAUUCCCGGCGAGUUAUGCAUAGAGAUAUAAAACCAGCUAAUGUAUUCAUUACAGCCACAGGAGUAGUAAAACUUGGAGAUCUUGGACUGGGCCGAUUUUUCAGCUCUAAAACCACAGCUGCACAUUCUUUAGUGGGUACACCUUACUACAUGUCUCCAGAAAGGAUACAUGAAAAUGGAUACAACUUCAAAUCUGACAUUUGGUCUCUUGGCUGUCUGCUAUAUGAGAUGGCUGCAUUGCAGAGUCCCUUCUAUGGAGACAAAAUGAAUUUGUAUUCUCUGUGUAAGAAGAUAGAACAGUGUGACUACCCACCUCUUCCUUCAGAUCACUAUUCAGAGGAAUUACGACAGUUAGUAAAUAUGUGCAUCAACCCAGAUCCAGAGAAGCGACCAGAUAUAACCUAUGUUUAUGAUGUAGCUAAACGGAUGCACGCAUGUACUGCAAGCAGCUAAGCACGUGGCAGAUCAUGAAGAAUAGAACCAGAAAAUGUUCAAGUAUAUUUGUGCAGAUCAUACCUCCCCUCUGUUGUCUGUAUGCUAAGUAUAGUUUUUCAGAGCUGACUGAUAUGCUUUGAAUCCUUAACCAGUUUUCAUAUCAGUUUCAUUUCGUACCAAUUCAAAUUUUCCCUUACCUACACAAAAAUUAUUCUGGGAAUAAGGAAAUUUUAAUAUUAGAAUUGGAAAGUAAAAGAAAUUUACAAUUUGGAGUGGUUAAGUGUUUUCAAAACAUUUUUUAUUUUUCCUACUGAUAAAAUUGUGUUCAAAUCCACAUCAAGUGCCAAAAUACUGAUGGUGGAGCUUGGCACAUGUCAUAUUAGAUUUAUUACCAAAAUCUCUAAGCAUGUGUUUCAUCUAUUGUUUCAUCAUUCAUAGAUAAACAUGAUUGUGAACUUCUAAAUAAUUGUGUAAUUUUUAAAAGUUGGAGGUGUAUGUUUUAGUUCUUAAUGUUUUGCAGUUUUGAAAUUAACUUCUGAAUGUAGACAAAACUAUUUGAACAUUUGUAAUGUCUCAGCUCAUGCAUUAAACAUAUAGCUCUGAAAUGUGAAAGUUUUUGGGGAAAAUGUGAGUUGGACACUGAUGAGUUUAUGUAUAUUCUUAUCUUUUCGUUUCGUUAAAAUGGCAUAAAUGAAUCCAUAAAAAAAUGGUUAAGGAUUUGUUUGGCUGGUGUGAUAUUCAUUUUAAAAUUUGCACGUUGCCCAAGGCUUCUGUGUGUUUUUAUUGUUGUUUGUACAUUUUAAAACUAUUUCUUUGAAUGACUUUGCAGUACUAUAUUUGAAUUCCUUUAUCAAUUUAAAUACAUUUAAUUCAUAAACCCAAUGACAAGAUAUAAUUGUGCACUAUAAUGUAAGCAUAUGUUUUUAUUCCUAUAUUUCGUGAUGUGUAAGAUCUGUCCCUUUCAGAAGUAUUUUUUAUAUUCUGCAACAGUUGCUUUCUUAUUUAUAUUUUUAAAUUUUCAUUUUAUUCAUUAAUGUUUCAAUUGUGCAGAGUACAUGCUGAUGAUACCCUUUUUAAGUACAUUCAGGUUACCAGUAAUUUUCUUGAAUUGAAUAGAAAGUUUGGUAUAUGUUCUUUUACUUUUUAAGAUAUUGGUCACUGUGUAUGUAUAGGUGAUUAUUUUGUUUUGGUGGCGAGGAAGAAAGGACAUGUUUUAUAAUGCACCUGUGGAUGUUGAUGCAAACAGCUUCACUUAUUUGAAUAUUGAGAUAGUGUUUUAGCAUAUGUUUAAAGCUAUAAAAGUAGGUCAUUACAUCAACUCAGAUUUUUGUGAGAUCAUCAUUUUUGUUGAGAAGAUUCAAGAGAAGUCCUGUGUUCUGUCCUUUACAUGUGAAGAUAACACACAAUUAAAAGCUUCUUUUAGGUUAAAGAAAUCUACAGAGUAUAAAGCACCUGUAGUUAAGUACUGUUUUAGUAUGUCUUUGAUCUCAUGUGCAUUUGACAGUUAUACCCAGUGCCUUGAGUAGAAUUUUUGAGCCAAAAGAGAAUGUUAAGUUUAGUCAUCACAAAGAGAUAAUUCUACUAUAAAACACUGGAGUAGAUUGUAUUGUUAACAUGGAAGCUUCUCAUGCAACAAGGAAAUAUACUAGAAGACAAUCUUGCCCAUCAUUUUUAAUAUGCUUUGCCUUACAAAUAUGUGAAAAUCUGAACCAUACAGACAAGUUUUCAAUCAAUUUUUAAACUUCAAAAUCCAUAAAGUAUUCAUGAUACAAAAUGAUUUUAUCUUUCUAAAAGUAGUCUAUGACAUUUGGAGUUCUGACAUAUUAAUUUUAAUAUGGAGAAAAAAAACUACUUGUCCUUUACCCUGAAACUAAAUGUAAUUUAUUUCUUUUGCCCUGACUACACUUUUAAGCAUCCAUGGCAAUGUAUCUGCAGAAUUAUGAACUGAAUCAUUUGAGUUGACCAUUGGUGUCAUAUUCAUUUUAAUGUUGCUGUAAAAGUGAUUAAGGUGAAGUGUUCUCUUGUUGGAACAGGAUGCUUUUCCCUUCCUGCAGUCUUUUAAAAACACACGGGUCUAAAAUUCAUGAGCUUAACUAUCCAUUGUGCCUUGUACAGAAAGAGUUGGCCAUUCUUAAUAUAUGUGUCUGCUAGCAGACCAUAUUGGGGAAGAAGAUAAUGCUCAAGGAAGACCCUUACCACACUUUAUAUAUAUUGAAGCUAUGUGUUUCAUAGAUUGUAUAAUUAUUUUGACUUAUAUGUGCAUAUUAUUUUUCUGAAGAAACCACUGUGUUAAAAGUCAAAUUUUAAUUUUCAAAGGGAUCAUUUCCAAGAAAUUAUGAAGAUGAUUAUGAGUUGGUUGACUUUCUAAACAUGCCUACGAAAUGUUCUCUUUAUAUUUCAGUUUAUGAUUAAACUGUUAUAUUGACUAAACUAAUCAGUUAAAUUGAUUUCAGAAGCAAUAAAAUGAAAAGUACAUCUGAUUCUAACACUUAGAUGUGGUAGGUUACCCAGAGAAUAAAAAUUUGAUUUUCAUAUACAAAAGUUUACAAAGGGUGAAUGAAGCAUGCCCCUAUUUAAAUACAGUGCUCAGUAGUACGUGAUGAUUGUCAAUUUGGUAAAAAUUAUUAAAAAACCAUUUCAUGAAUGCCUUACCUUUCUAAGUAGUAUCUAUUACAAAACACCUUUCUAGUAUCCAUGUACUGUAGGUGUUGCCGUUAACAUUUACCAUGAUAUUUAUUUUAACCAAAAUGUUAUUUGCAUUAAAUGUUUAUUCUUUAAAUGAAUGUAUUAUGUUUAUAACCUACAAAUGUAUAAUUAUUCUAUGCCUCAUUUCAGUAGUACUGUAACAUUGACUUCUUUUGUGAAAUACUUUUAUUUUGUUAAUGCUUUAAAUACACAUGCUAAAAUGAUUCUCUUAGUGGAUUGAAGACUAUAUAAUAUCCUGAUAUAAAUAAAAAUAUAAAAAAUUGAGAGUAA